AAGGAAACUUCUACAAUGACUGAGUCAACUUCAAGUACUGAAGAACAAACCUCGACUUCAGAGAGCACGACAACUUUAGAAUCGACCACUGCUGAGCCAACUUCAAGUACAGAAGCAUCCACAACGUCAGAGGAAACUUCCACAAUGACUGAGCCAACAUCUACAACUUUAGAAUCGACCACUGCUGAGCCAACUUCAAGUACAGAAGCAUCCACAACGUCAGAGGAAACUUCUACAAUGACUGAGUCAACUUCAAGUACUUUAGAAUCGACCACUGCUGAGCCAACUUCAAGUACAGAAGCAUCC